AUAAAAAGACCAGCAAAAAACGUAGCUUCUUACACAAAACUAUCGUCUCGUCCCACCGAAACCGUGAGCGAUACGUUUGCAAGAUGGCAACCGACUUUACUGAAGACUUGGAAAACUGGAUGGGUAGGCUACCGUCCGAGCUGAAGGCUAUCCCGAUUAUCAAUCUAGCUAUUCCCGGCUCACACGAUACAAUGUCGUACGGCAUCAAGAACAAGGCACCGGUGGCGCCGGACGCUGAGCCGGUGGUAGCCACGCUAAACAAGUUCAUUCCCUGCGUGGUACGCCGGUGGGCCGUCACGCAGCGUUACGGCAUCCAGGAGCAGCUGAAGGCGGGAGUACGGUACUUUGAUCUGCGGUUCUGUAUGAAGCGGCCGGAGAACAAGUUCUACUUUGUGCACGGGUUGUUCAGCGAGGAGAUCACGGAACCGCUCGAUCAGCUGAAGGAUUUUCUGCGCACCCACCCGAAGGAGUUUGUCGUGCUGGAUUGCCAGCAUUUUUACCUGUUCAACCCGACCGACCAUUGCGUCCUGUCGGCCGAACUGAAUCGUAUCUUCGACCGGAAGAUCUACUCGCGCAACGUGAGCCAGCUGAAGGAGUGCACACUCGAGUCGGCCACCGGGAAUGGCAAGCAGGUGCUGAUCGUGUACCGCAGCGACGCGUGCGUCAACGAUCGGUUCUGGCUGAGCCAGGACUGGCCAACGCCCUGGCCGAAUGAAAUCAACGCGAAGAAGCUGCAGCAGUACUUGGACGAGUCGCUGGCACAGCGUAGCCCCGAAACGGGGUACGUGUCCCAGUGCGUCCUAACGCCGUCGGUGCGGUACAUCGUGCCGCGGUUUCUGUCCUCGCUGCGGUCCACCUGCGCCAAGACGGUCGACAAGCAGUUGCUCGAGUGGGUCAAGCUGCAACAGCCGGGCACGUUCGCGGAAGACGAGAAACCGCGGACGAACGUUUUCCUGGCGGAUUUUGUUGACAUUGCGGACAAUCAGUUCUGUAAGGUGGUAAUAGGUUUGAACAAAAAGCUUCUCGAGCAGGAAAAUAAUAGUGCGCAAAGUUCCCCGUCGAAAAAGAGCAUGUAAAUGAGCAUCACUCAACCCGUUUUACGAAUCCCUCUUUACUUAACUAAUUUUAUGAGUUUUUACAAUUUUGAGUUUAUUCUCUUUGACCGAGCCUUUGCUUGUGUUACGUUCUCAAUGCACAACCCCGCUUUCAACGGGGUACUUUCUGGGAGAAAUAAAAUCCCACAUCCUUUUACCCUGUGAUACUUUCACUUAUUUAUCUAUUCAGUUCGAUAAUAAUCGCACAAAUGCGAAAUUGCAAUACGCGUAUGUCGCGUUGAAGUGAUUUUAAAUUUAAAAUUUAUUUAAUGACUUCAGAUAGCUGGAGGUUUUGAUAAUUGGGAAAAAAGUAAUGAGAGUGACAUGAAGGCGGCAACAGGAUAACAAAACUAAUGUAAUCAAAAUGUAACAACGUGUAGCAUAUAACCAAGAAAAACAGUAUAACGCGAUCAACCACGGACCGCAUCUCUCAAUCAUAGGAUAUAUGCUAAGAAAAGACAAUCGAUGGUUACAAUUAUACAAACACGGAAAUGGAACACUAAACUUUUCCCCAACUUUCUACUCUGAACUUUUCUCUCUCUCUCUCUUUCAACCGUAUGUUAAGCAGGAAGUAGAUGUGUGUGGUAAAAGGGACAAAUUUAGCCUAACGUUUUUAUAUACACACGUUCCACGUUGGUGGCAAAGAAUCUUUAAACUUUAAACCGUGAACUAAUAAGUGCACAGUGCUAUGGCGGUAGAUAAAUAUAUUUAAAUGUUGUCGUUUACUUUCACCAAAACAAACGCAACCAGGAAAUUUGGAAUAUUCGCAGCACAAAUGUUUGAAAAGAGAAAAUAACGCGCUCACUAGCAGAUAACGACGGAAUUGGUUUCAUCGGCAGACAAGGUGUCGAUAAUGUAUUACUCGUUGGUAUGGGUUGUGUUUGAACGCCUCCCAAUAUAUAUAUAUUCUAUGCAUGUUAUCAUAAACACGUUCGUCUCAAUGUAUCUGCACAGAAAACAAAAAAAUACAGCAGAUAGUAGAAGAUUUAACGAAAUGGUAAAACAUAAUGAUAACUAGUUAAGAAUGAACAAUUUAAAGCGUGACGAUUUUAUAGACCACAUUUAUUCUGAAGCAUCACGUUUGAAACUUACGGGGGGUUAACAUAUGCUGGGAGCGUAAAAAGAAAUAAUUAAUAAAAGCUAAUAGUUUUUCUUCUUCACUCCGCUAUCGCCGAUGAUGUUUGCUCCUUUUUUUCCUCCUGGAAGAACGGGAAUUUGCAAUAAAAAAAAAUAGGGAACACAACAAAACCUGAAAUCGGCUCUAAAAGGACAAUUGUUUCCUUCAAUCUCCGCCAAGAACGGACGUCUUACAUACAGGUUCUUUAACCAUCAAUCAAUCGCUUCCCGUCCGACUCUACUGUAGGUGACCUUUUUUGGUCCUAGUGGACACUUACUGAUUACGGUCAACCCACUGGUGGCUCACAUCACCACAUUACUCUACAAUGGAUAAUAUAUAUAUUCUAAUAGAUAUACAUAAAUACAUAUAUUGUAGACCAUGUAGCUAGUUUUAACGACUGAUCAUGAGGAAUUUAAAGCAUAUAGAAUAUAUACAACUAGAAGCACCUUUUUUCCGGGAGAAGAAGCAAAAAAAAACCAACUACGAUUAACAGACAGAUAAGGGGUGUUUCGACUGAAAAUGGGGCAAAACGCAAUCUCCGCACGCAAUCAGCAAAGGGCCAACGUUAAACUCAAUAGUUUAGUCAAACAGACAGAAGUAUAUAUGGUUCGAGAGAGAUAGGGUGAUACGAGACAAGAUAGCUCCGGUGUUAUCACCGGCCUCAGAUGAUGGUUAACUAAAUACAAAUGCUAGGAAUAAGAAAAUGAAACAAGAUACCGCCGAAACGAUAGGAAAUCGAUGAAUUAUCACCUCACGAACAUGAAGCAGGUAAUUUUGUGCGGAAAGAGUAACGCAUGUGUAAUGUCUAAUACGGUGUGGAUGUGAUGUUUAAACUAUUUAUGAGCGUUGGUAAGAAUUUAUAAGGGCUGAAUGUAUGUGUGUGUCUGUCUGUUUGUUCGUUUGGCCGAG